GGAGAGGAGAGGAGCGAGGCAUGCAGCAGCCACUCAGUCAGUCAUCCAGUCAAUUGUUUUCCCUCUAGCUCUGCACCGUAUUGUGCCACUCUGAGGACUUUCUACUGUUCUUCCUCUGGGAGAGGCAGCUCUAUAGGACAAGCCUUUUUUCCUGGUCUUCAAGACACUCAGAAACCUGAUUCAUUUGAAGAGGAGAUUCCUGUUUUUUUACGUUUUCUUGCUAUAACUCAGAGCUUUUUGUGUGAUAUUCUGAUCCUGUUAUAAUCCCACUUUGGCUGCUCCUGUAUGUGAGUACUGCCGUGGUAAGGAUUGGGUUGCUGUUGUGCCUCUAUGCCAGAUUUUUGGAGAAGGCAGCUCUGUAUAAAAUCUGACUUUAGAGGAGCUCAGAAGGGGGAGGAACCUCAGAAGAUGGUUUGACUUGGAAGAGAGGGCGAUCUUCUCUUGUGGAGCGGCAUCUUCUCUGCUGCAAAGUGCGAGAAGUCAUCGGUUUUCAGGAAGAGAAGGGAGUCGGAUGUGGGACAACACCACACGGGUGUUUUAUUCUAUUUGUGGACAAAGCAGGAAAAACAUCAUUUAUUUUGCAAAGAGGGAGGAAGCAGUCUUUUGUUUUGGGAAAGAAGUCUCCACUUCAGUUUUACAACAUGGCUGCAAUGUAUGGAUGCUUCAAGAGCAGGAACAGUGACAGUGCUGCCACGGCAUCGGGACCUCCAGAGGUGAUGGCCAAUCAGGAGCCUGCUGAGGUUGUGGAAGAGUGCUCAGGAAAGAAGAAGUCCAAGUUCCAGACAUUUAAAAAGUUCUUUGCCAGGAAGAAGAGAAAGGAUCCGCCAGCCGCAGGAGCAGACGCCGGCCUUAAAGCCAGCCAAUCAAGCGACAAUGUCAGCAAAGCGUCCGAAAAUAACACACUCACUCGUUCAGAGAAGGAUAAGGGCUCCGGGUCAAAGAUCAGCCUGGGCAGCAAGGCCUUGUCCCAUGACUCAGUCUUUGUUUCGGACUCAUCUGAGGCCAACGAGGCUUUGGGGGCAUCUCAGGACAGCAUUCAUGGGAAAGUGAAAUCACUACAGCUCCAGCUGAAGCAGGCCAUCAGACUGGGCUCUCCUCCGUCCCUCAUGUGUGUGAAGAGAGCAGAAGAUGCUGGAACCAUGUCUGAGGAUGACGGCCUGCCCUGCAGUCCGCCUGAAUACACGGCUCUUCACGCAGCCAUGAAUCAGGCUCAGAGGAACAGCUCCAUCAGUCUGGAGGGAAUAGACAGUGAUGACGACCAGCUGUCCUGUGCUGCCUCCAGUAGAGCAGUGAGCCCCCUGGUGGUUCCAGGUGACUUCAGUCAGCCGGCCAGUCCGUUCGGCUGUCUGGAUAACUCUGCUGCCAAACACAAGCUGGGCCUGAGAUACAAAGCAUGCAACAAGAGGAAACCAGUCAGUAGGCUGGAGCUGAAGGCAGAGAGAGACUCUGUGGUGGAGGACAUUGUGAACACCUCCAUAACUGAAGCCUUGGAGGAGAAAGAACCACAGGAGACAACGGGAGUUGUAAUUGGUGAUGAGCUGAAACCAAAGGUGGAGCAGGAAGAAGAAGAUGAGGAGGAGGAGGAGGAGCAACGACAGCAUUCUAGACAAUCUCUGUUGAGAGAUAAGGAGGAGAGGGAGGAGGGAGAGGAUGAGUUGGAAGCAGAACAGGAUGUUUCUCGCGGCCCGGACACUUCCUGUAAUCCUGCGCUGUGUCUCACCGAGGAGGAAGCCCCAGACGCCCAGCCCCCGCCCUCCUCCAAACACAGCUCCAGAGCCUCCUCUCUGGACAGCCCCAGAGACACGCCGGAGCCCCCUGCUGGUCCGAGACAGUACUUGCUGGACCCAUCAGGCAUUGCCUAUGGAGCAGAGGAGAACAUGGCUGAGAGUGACUUGGUGCUGAGAGGAGAAGAGGGUGGAGUCCAGGAAGACCGGGAAGAGGAGGGCUCCUUCUUGCAGGAGGUGCUGAGCUCCUUGAAGACUCCCCUUGCGCCCUGCUCAUUGGGGGUGGAGACUGAGGGUGUUGUCAUAGAGACAGAAGAGGAGGUGAAGGAAAAGGAAAGAGAAGAUGUAGAGGUAGAGGUGGAAGAAGGAGAGGAGGUAAAGGAAGAGGAGGCAGAGGUGGAUGAGCCUGCCAGCUAUCAGGCUGCUCCAGCGCUCCUGUCGGAUCAGACCACCGAGGAGGAGGAAGAGGUCGCUACGUUAAGUUCUCCUUCUUGUCAAGAUGUUGAAGAAGAGGAGAAGGUUGAAGAAAAGGAAGAAGAAGCAGCUGAGGAGGAAGAAGAAGAACUAGAGGUGGAACAAUUCAAUGCACAUUGUCCAAAAGAGGAAGGAGAAGAAGAGGAGGACGAGGAAGUCAAACCAGAGGAGCAAAAUGAUCCGCUUAUAUUGAACAGUGUCAACCAGGCAGAGGAAGAGGCAGGGGGAGAAGAAGAGAGUGAGGGAGAGGAGGAGGCGAUAGAGCUGGAGAAGGAGCCGGAGGUGGAGGAGGAGGGACGGGAGAAGAGGGAAGAGAAUGAUGAAGAGUUGGAGAUGGAGGAGGCAAAGGAGAGAGUGGAGGAGGCAGAGGAAGCGGUAGAGGAAGAGAGGGACGAUGCAGAAGAGAUGACAGAGGAGCUUCCUGGUGCUGCAGGUGAAGAGCUUAAAAUAGCCAUGGCACUGCAGGAGGCGGAUGAGGGUGUAGAUGCUGUGGUUGGAGACGACACUGUGUGCACCCGACAACACACGAGUGAUGAUGAAGUCUCUACAGGGCUGGGUGAGCAGGCAAUGCAUGAGAGUCGAGCAGCUGCCAGUCAAAGCUUUGGAGAGGAGAGAGUGGAGGAAGGCGUAGAGAUCGACCACAUGGAGCACAAAUCAGACCAAGAGGAAGAUGGCGAAGCCAAGCAACCUGAUGAAGAUCAAACUGACGAAGAUGUGGAGGAGGAAGCUGUAGAAAUAUCCCAUUUAGACAUGGAGCAAGUGGGAAAAGAUCAAUCCGAGGCCACAGAACAAACUCAUGUUUCGUCCAAGCCUUCUUCUUCGUCUCUUCCAGAGUCCCAUUCUGAGACUCAGCCACAAGAGACUGGAACCAUCACUCCCAGUAAGACCAGCACUACCACUGUCCACAUGAAUCUACUCUCUCCAAGCUCAGAGAAAGUCACACCUGUCUUUCAAAGUGAAACACCUUCUCAUGCUGUUGCAGCCACAGGAGAAGAGCCAGCUGACGGUGAGGAAACAGCAGAAGAAGAAAAACGUUCGGCCCUGGAAGAGGAAGCUACGCCCCCUGCCCCUGUGGAGGAAACGGUCAACCAGCCGUCAGAUGAGAGCAAAGUCCGCUUCACUAUCGUGCCCGCCCGGCAGAGAUCACUCUCUGUAGAAGAUGCCAAAGACAAUUUGACUCCUCCCUUCUCCCCAACCGCCUGCAUCUCCUCUUCAUCGCCUGCUGCCACAGGGCCCGGCGGUGUGGAGGUGGAGGCUGCAUCUAAGGAGGACCUCGAAGUGAAAGCAGAGCCGGCGAGUUCGGCUAAGGUUGAAGUGGUGUUGAGCCCAAGUAGAGCGAGGAAUGCAGGAACGAAACCACAGAGCAAUGCAACAUCCCCUCCAUCCGCCAUGAAACCUCAGACCUCAGCUGCUGCAAGCACAGAAGAAAGCUCUGUCGUAGUGGAGGGAAACCCCGACAAUCCAUUUGGAGUUCGGCUGAGGAAGACGUCGGUUCUGCACCGCUUCAGCUCGGAGGAGGAGAACACAGAGCCUGCCGUUGAGCCACCAACUCAACCAAUAAGCUGUAAAGUCGACUCACCGCAGCCAAUCAGUGUAAAGCCCUCCGUAAAUCAGCCAGUCAGCAACAAGCCCGCCCUGCCUAAGAAACCAGAUGUGCAUGGAGACAGUGCAGGGAAACACAAGCGCAUCUCAGACCCAGCUGCAGCAGCUCGUGGUGGUUCUGGUGGAUCUGAUUCUCCCAGCUGGAUCUCUAUGGCCAAACAGAAACAGAAGAUCUAUAAGGAAAACUCACUGGAGGAGAUUACUGUCAAGAAGGAGGAACAAGAGAGGAAGAGUGCACUGCCGAUGUAUGUCAGCUCGGCUGUAAGCAGGGAGCACAGCAACAAAACAGCUGAGUCCACCGGCAAAGCGAGUCCAUUGGAGAACAGCAAGCCUUCAGUGUCUGUAGAAAAGGAGGGCAGGAGGGCUCUCUCUCCUCCAGCUCCGGUGCCACCUCAGCCUCCUAAAUCUCAGUCACUGCCCUGUCCUGUCCCUCCAAAACCCCAGCUUCCACCUGCCACCGCCAAACACCCACCCCAACUGAACCCCCCUCAAAGAUCCCUGUCACCCCCUACUCCAGUUCCUGUUCCCCAGAAAUCUCCCUCUUGCACAAGCCCACAAUCCAAGACACCCCAGCCCGUGAGCACAACAGUUACCUCCCCUCCCUUUUCAUCGAGAACCGCCCCGGAAAAGUCUGUCCCAAGAGCUCCAGGCCUUUCCAGCCAGACCCCUUCCUCCCAGCGAGGCCUGCCUUCCCCAGCACUCCCCCAGGACGAGCCGCCCUGGAUGGCUUUGGCCAAGAAGAAGGCCAAAGCCUGGAGUGAGAUGCCCCAGAUUGUCCAGUGACAGGCACAAGUUCCAGUAAGGUCUAGUACACAGGUCCAAGCUGCCUCCAAAGAGAUCUGAGAGAGGGUUGGAGCGGGCCCAGACUCUGGAUGGACCAGAAUGCAUUUGCACACAAAGAAUUGCUGUCUUCUGUUGUUUUCUUACUCUCCUGGUUUCUGUCCUGGCUGAAGGCUUCGGAUUGGUACAAACUCUCCAAUGAGCCUAAGGACGGGCUCAGUUUAACUUUUCUGUACGGUGUCUUGUUGUACAUUCAUGUUUUCUAAAUGACAGGGUAGGACUCCAAAAGUUAACGCUUCUUACGUAAAGUGGAUCCACAUUUUUUCAACAGUCUUAGUACAUUAUAAGGUGCCUGAAUAAGAGAAAAUACGUGCAUUGUCACGGCAGUAGAUAUUAAUUUUUACCUAAAGCAACUAAAUGAUUCCAUUCCACUAAAUAUUUCAGGGAGGGGAAGAAGGAGACAUUAUUUUACAAAGAGGAUUGGAGUCGUGGUCAGAGGCUCCUCAAACUGCCACGUGUGGAUCAAGUCCUUUAGACAAAUAUAUUUCUUGUAACAUAAUCCUCAGACAUUAAACUAACGAUGUUUGUUGUGUUAGCGAGUGCUGAGCGUGUCCGAAUGUUCCAGGUUGUCGAUGUAAAUUAUAUUUUUAAUUUUCUCUUUUGAUAUUUUGAAUACAUAAAUACGGAUGACCUGUCAGCAUCCCACAGAAACCUUUUAUCUCCAAGACGUCGUCUGUUCGGGUAUCAUCACGUUGGCUUUCAUGUGUUUUUAAUACCUUUCGGUGCAUCAUUGUGGGCUAUGAAACAUUUUUCCGUUGUGAAUGAAACAGAAAUCAAUAAACCAGUAAUUAGCCACUUGAAGACUGGUUUGCUGCAGGAUGCAAAGCGUCACAAAAGGAAAUCAAGUUCGACGACUGAAGGUUUCCUUUGUAUCAAUUAAAUCUAUCUAUCUCACAGUAACUAUAUAUGCUUUUAUGCAUUUCGUUUUAUUUCGUAUUGCCUUUUGAGAAUAUUUCUUGUACAUAAAAUGUGCAGUAAAGAACAAAUUAAAUCAUU